AUUAUAUUUUGAGUUGUUUUUCACUUUAAAGGUAUUUUAUAAUAUUACAUGUAAUGUACUAGGCAGUCUAAGUCUGAAUACUUCUACAACAAAAUGAACGGCCCUACGAAAGAGCGAAGGUUAUCUUCUAGAUCGAACAGUGGAGAGGCCGAGGAUAAAGUUGGAGCGACUGAUCUUGGAAGGAGGAAAAGAAAUGCGAGCGUUUCGGAGCCAAUAAGUGUGAUUCGAACGAGCAAGCGAACAAUAUAUACGGCAGGGCGACCACCUUGGUAUAAUGAAUCGGGUGAAAUGAAAGAAGCUUUUAUUAUUGGAUUAAGUGGAGGUAGUGCUUCAGGGAAAACAACAGUUGCCGAGAAAAUCAUCCAAGCGUUAGACUUCCCGUGGGUGGUCCUUUUAUCCAUGGAUUCUUUCUAUAAGGUUCUCACACACGAACAACAUGAGACAGCUGAACGUAACGAAUACAACUUUGAUCAUGUUGAUGCGUUUGACUUUGAUUUAUGUUGUGAAACAUUACGUAAACUUAAACAAGGCAGAAGUGUUGAGAUACCAAUGUAUGACUUCACUACUCAUUCAAGGAAAAAGCAAACGAAACAACUCUAUGGAGCAAACGUUGUAAUAUUCGAGGGAAUCAUGUCGUUUGUUCGACCUGAAUUAAGAGAAUUAAUGGAUAUGAAAGUAUUUGUGGAUGCCGAUUCAGACGAGAGGUUGGCUCGUAGAUUAAGGCGUGACAUCACUCUUAGAGGUCGCAAUUUGCAGGGUGUCCUACACCAAUACAACAAGUUUGUGAAACCAGCUUUCGAACAAUUCAUUGAACCAACUUUACAAUAUGCUGAUAUUGUUGUUCCAAGAGGCGGUUCUAAUGAGGUUGCCAUUGAUUUGAUCGCCCAACAUGUUCACACACAACUUGAAACUAGACACAACAUUCUGGAAAUAAGUAAUCUAGCCAUAGCACAUACUGGGCAACCCUUGCCCUCUACACUACAUGUGUUGGAAAGUAGUAAGCAAGUACAAGGAAUUCAUACCAUUCUAAGAAAUCGCGACACAAAUCGUGAUGACUUUGUGUUCUACUCGAAGAGGUUGCUUCGUCUCCUCUUUGAAUUCGCUCUCUCACUUCUUCCUCAUCAAACGCAUAUCGUAGAAACUCCACAAUCAACUAAAUACGAGGGGAGAAAGUUUAGUGGGACGGGGUUAUGUGGAAUGUCCAUACUUAGAGCAGGAGAGACAAUGGAACCGGCAUUAUUCUCAGUUACCAAGGAUAUUCGACUUGGUAAGAUCCUCAUUCAAACCAAUGCAAGGACAGAAGAACCAGAGCUCCAUUACAUCCGAGUCCCACGCAAGAUCUCCGAAGAUCAUGUGAUCCUGAUGGAUGCGACGGUUGCCACGGGAGCAGCAGCCAUGAUGGCUAUUCGUGUUUUGCUCGAUCAUGAUGUUAAGGAAGAGAAUAUACUUCUAGUGUCGCUACUGAUGGCUGAAACAGGUGUUCACUCCGUUGCGUACGCGUUUCCUAAAGUUCAAAUCGUAACAACAGCUGUUGAUACACAUCUUAAUGAACAUUAUCAUAUAAUACCAGGGUUUGGAAAUUUUGGUGACCGAUAUUUUGGAACUGAAUAACAAAACAGUGUUUUAUUUGUGCUGCUAAUGCCAAUCAUCCCUGGCUAGUAUUUAUGCUGCUUCAUUUGUAUCAUGCUAUUAAUGCUUCCAUGACAAUUAAGAAGUAGCUGCAUCUGAAACCUGCCGUUUUAACAUUUUAAUGUUUUACGUGUUUGUUAUUCUCUGCAUAUGCCAAUUGGAGACUUUGUUUGCAGUUUGGUUUGAUUAGGGUGCUGUGUUGAUGUUUUGACACAUUAUACAUGUUGCUUUCAUCAGGGUAAAUUAAACCAAAAGCAAUUUUUUUCCUUGUUAAGACCUAAGACCAUAUUGUAUGUCAAAACGUCAAUACUAAAUUGCCAGAAGCGUGUUUUUAAUUUUAAACGCUAAUUACUUUAGCAGUUUAAAUAGUUCCUCUAUAGCCCUAAGGCUGUAUCUUUGUUUGGACAAUGUUUUAUGUUUACAAUUUGUUUUAAAACAAGACUUUCUGGAUUAGCUAUAUUGCUACACACUACAGCACUAUAUACUAAUAGUUCCUCUAUGGGUAAAAUUCAUUGCAUGCAUGUAAAUAUAAUUCAAAAUAUGUUUGGUUUUGCACUUUAAUAUACCAUGUUGCCAUUGUUACAUCAUCCACUGCGUGAAUGCGUCAUGUUAUUACCUGACAAUCGGAACAUGUGUGAACUUUAAUUUGAGUCAUUUUAAGGUGAUUUGUAUUGUAUGUGGCUGUAAUAAAAAUAAGCACUCAAUUUAAAA